AUAAUCGGUUAUUAUAUAGUCUUAGAGGCUUAUUAAACAUGAAUUCACAUGAGGAUCAGAAGAAUGAGGAUUUGCAUGAGGAUCCGUUGAAUGAAGAUUCAUCGGAGCUUCAGCAGAGUGAGGAUGAGGAUAUGUUAAGUGAAGAUUCACAUGAGGAUGAAGCGGAUGAGGACGAGGAUGAUGAUCAAUAUGAGGAUCAGUUGAGUGAAGCUUCAAAUGAGGUUUCAUCUGAGAGUGAGUGGAAUCAGGAUUUGUCUGAGGAUCAUAAUGAUGAUAUUCAUGAGUAUCAGUGGAAUAUACGACACAAUGAGAUCUUUGAACAUGUUUACAGUUGUUUCUCUGUCUCAUCUCUGAAUAGGCCAAUUCUGGAAAAUGGUGAUAAAAUUAUCAUGCCCUCUUCAGCUCUAGAUCGCCUUGCACGUUUGAACAUAGAAUAUCCAAUGUUAUUUGAACUGAGAAAUACUUCUGCUGAAAGAACUACUCACUGUGGAGUCUUGGAAUUCACUGCUGAUGAGGGGAUUGUAUUCUUACCAAAUUGGAUGAUGGAAGAUAUGCUCCUACAGGAAGGAGACCUUGUCUCUCUGAAAAGCACAAGUCUUGAAAAAGGAAAGUUUGUGAAGUUCCAGCCUCACAGCAAAGAUUUUUUGGAUAUCUCCAAUCCAAAAGCCAUGUUAGAAACUUCAUUGAGGAGUUACUCAUGUUUAACAACUGGCCGCACUAUAAUGAUUCCAUAUAACAAUAAAAAAUAUUACAUUGAUGUGGUUGAAACGAAACCUUCUCCCGCAAUCAGUAUAAUUGAAAUAGACUGUGAAGUUGAUUUUGCUCCACCUCUUGAUUACAAAGAACCUGAGAAGCCUUUGCCAUCUGAUUUGUCUCAUAAGAAACAUCGACAAGUUGAAGAAGAGCCACCAACUAAGGUUCCCAAACUAAUUCCGUUUAGUGGUUCUGGAAGGCGUUUGGAUGGUAAACCGUCGGCACAAUCAAUCGAACAAACUUCUACUCCAAUUAUAAAGCAGCAACAAACUGAAAAUAAAACCAACAGUUCGAUUAGAACUCCUGGGAAGCUUGUUUUUGGGUCAAAUGCCAAUGCAUCCAAUGUUCAAACACAGCCAAAGGCUUCUUUGAAGAGUGCAAGUCAAGAGUCAUCUAAGAAAACAGAUACCCCGCAGUUCCAAGCUUUCUUGGGGAAGAAGUAUUCAUUAAGAUGAUUUCAAUAGUUUCUUUUAGUUGACAUGGCUUAGAGCACAAGUUCAGAUGUUACUCUUGCAUAUCCAUGUUUCUCUUUUAAGUUUGUGAUUAUGACUAUUGCUUUGGAAAGUUUAUAAAUAUACCAU